AUGGAACAAAUGCCCACUUAUGCUCGGUUCAUGAAGGAAUUGUUUACUAAGAAGAGAAGAAUUCUUGAAGAAGAGACUGUGGAGCUUGAGGCAGGAUGCAGUGCUAUUAUACAGAAGUCUUUACCUCGGAAGUCCAGAGAUCCAGGCAGUUUCACUCUCCUUGUAUCAAUUGGAAAUCUAUCAGUGGGUAAGGCACUCUUAGACCUUGGAGCUAGUAUUAACUUGAUGCCUUUAUCUAUGCUGAAGAAGAUAGGAGAAGUGGAAGUAAGACCUACAAGAAUGACCUUACAGUUGGCAGACAGAUCCAUUAAGCUUCCAUAUGGCAUAGUGGAAGAUAUGAUAGUGACGGUUGACAAGUUCAUGUUCCCAGUUGAUUUUGUAGUAAUGGACAUGGAAGAAGAUGUGGAGGUUCCAUUGAUUCUGGGCAGACCCUUCAUGAAGACAACUAGAGUUAUCAUAGACAUGGAUGAUGGAAAGUUGAAGGUGAGAGUUCAAGAUGAAGAGGUGAAUUUCAAUGUUUUUGAAGCAAUGAAGUUUCCAAAAGGCAACAAAGAUUGCUUUAGAAUUGAUGUAUUAGAUGAUGUGUACUUGGAAACUCAAAAUGAUUUCAAGAGCUCAUCGCCACUGGAGAAGGCUUUGCUUCUUUCUAAUGAAGAAUUGGAUAAGGUCAUAGAUGAAGAGGAUCAAGAUGUUAUUGAUGCACUAAAUAAAAGAGAAAACUCUUCUGCCAAUGUUCAUUCAAAGAAGAAUUGA